AGAUUCGGCUCUGUAUAGCUUUGGAGUUGUGGGAACUCGUUUCACGCUCCAGCUUUUGCCUUAAAUCAGAAUCACUUUCUAUCCGUGUUUUAUUCGUAGCAAUUGGACAUUCUUCUCUGCAUACAUCUAUAUACCACCAGAUAAUUUAAAACCCUGUUAAAACGAUAAGGGAUCGAGUAACAAAAAUGGCUCACCUAGUUUUGAACAUUUUUGUCUUAAGCCUGACUGUAGCACUCUUCAUCAACGUGACAGCUGUCAGUGUUGAACUCAAAACGAAUGUUACUGAUCGUUUGCAAGAGCUUCAUGAAAUUCAAGAAGAUCUGAAGAUAAAAUCGAAACAAUUCGAGACAAUGAUUAAGUCUGAAGUUGGAAAACUAAAGGAGAAAGUUGAAUUUUUGGAGACCAAAAUUCAAGAGCAGGAUAAUCUUCUAAAAAAUUGUCAAGUUGCAACUUCUGAUGCCAUUGGGUCUUUGAGAAAUGUCGAAGAAAAUAACCUGAAAAAAACGGUUCUAGACCCUAAAACUUGCUUGGAAGCCCGUACUGCUAAUCCUUCACUAGAAUCAGGAAUGUAUUUCAUUGAUCCUGACGGUCAAGGCAGAGGAGAUGAUCCCAUUUACGUCUACUGCAACAUGACCACCGGAUCAACAUCCAUACUGCACGACAGUGAAGAUUCAAUCACCGUUAGCCAUUGUUUCGAACCUGGAUGUUACACUCGAGAAAUUAAGUACAAUGCUACUCUUAGACAGAUGACGAUGCUCAGCGAACUUUCUAAUGUUUGCCAUCAAUCCAUUCAAGUUGAUUGCUACGAUGCAGCUUUUGAAUUCAACGGCGUACCAUACGCUUGGUGGAACGACCGCAAUGGCGAUCCACGGUAUUUCUGGUCCGGUGUGAAUAAUAAUUCAAGUGACCGAUACCAUACUUGUCAGUGCGGACUGGAUGGAUCUUGUAAAGAGAAAAGCCUUUCGUGCAACUGUGACAGCGACCUGGCCAUCGAAUUAUCAGACGUUGGAAUUCUAUUGGAAAAGGAUUUGUUACCGGUGACAAAGUUGAAUUUUGGCCGGACUAUCGCCCCCACUUCCAUCAACCGCCACACGCUAGGUCGAUUCGAGUGUAACGGGAAAGUUGUACUUAACGGAAUGCCCACAUCCUGCCAAGAUCUUUGGCGGAUUGGUUACAUUCUUAGCGGAAUUUAUUCCAUCAAAGGAUCGUCUAACAAAGUUGAAACGGUCUACUGUGACUUUACCAAACUGCCUGGCGAUGAAGAGCUGCAGACGUGGAUCGGUUACGCUGAUGUUAAAUCGGAGCCUGUGCAGUUCACCGUCGCAAGAAAGACAUCGUUUAGUACCCUAAACACAGCUAUUUCCUUUGAUCAGGAAACACUGAACACUGGGAAUGCUUUGAACACUUCGACAGGAGUCUUCGCUGCUCCACGCAACGGGACGUAUUUCUUUGCGUUUUCAAGCUUCUCUGAAAGUCAGUACUCUACGUUUUCGGUUGAUCUUCAGUUAAACGAUGCGACGAUUGCAAAUUGCGUCACUUCGUACGCGCUAUUUUAUUGCAAUGUUCCAAUCACGCUAAAGUUGAGUAGAGGAGACAGAGUUCAAGUCUCUCUUCAACAAGGAUCGACUAAUAACGCCAUAUUCACUGGCUGGCUACUUGCGGAAGACAUUUUCCAGUAAUACUUGAAGAAGCUAAGCGGAGAACCCUUAAAUGCGCAUUAUAGUUUCCAUUGAGCCCAAGUUGUCGCAAAUAUUACCAAAUCAUUUCUUCUUAAGGAGAAAAUUCCUUUCCCUGGCUGAAACAUAUAACACAAUACAAUUACGCAAAUCCAUUAA